ACGCAUUACAGCAAUGCAGAGGCCAGCUCGAACUCAGACUCAGACGACGAGGACAAGCUGCACAUCGUGGAGGAGGAGAGUCUCCCGGACACCACCGAGAGCCACGCUAACGCUAACGAGCUCCAGGGAGGCCCACCGGCCCACAAUGCAGCAUUAACACACAACGGAGACCAGCACCAAGCACUGUGGGAGGAAGAAGACCUGGGGCCUGAUGCCAGGAGGCAGAGCAGGAGGUUUAAAGGGAGGAAGGCCAGCGGCUGGGAGGCGGAGGAGGAGGACCGGGGGACCCCUGACCCCCUGGUGGAGGAGGACACGCCCGUGCUCUUCCCCGUGGCUCCGGAGGAGGGGGCGCGCCUGGGCACCCCCGAGGCCAGCGGCCCUGAUGAGAACGGUACCCCGGACGCCUUCUCUCAGCUCCUCACCUGUCCGUACUGUGCCCGCGGCUACAAGCGCUACACCUCCCUGAAGGAGCACAUCAAGUACCGGCACGAGAAGAGCGAGGACAACUUCAGCUGCACCGUCUGCAGCUACACCUUCGCCCACCGCACGCAGCUCGACCGCCACAUGACCGCACACAAGGCCGGCCGGGAGCAGCGGCACGUGACGCAGUCGGGGGGAAACCGAAAAUUCAAGUGCAGCGAGUGCAGCAAGGCCUUCAAGUACAAACACCACCUGAAGGAGCACCUGCGCAUCCACAGCGGAGAGAAGCCGUACGAGUGCCCCCACUGUAAGAAGCGCUUCUCCCACUCGGGGUCCUACAGCUCCCACAUCAGCAGUAAGAAGUGCGUGGGACCGCUGCCCAUCAACGGCCGGCCCCGCCCCGGGGGGAAGGCCGAGCCCUGCCCGUCCCCCUGCCCCUCCCUGCCCUCCUCCCCUGCCCCCCCGGGCCGCACGCUGGCCCCCGCCGGGCGCACGCUGCCGCGCGAGAAGCCCGACCCGGGGAAGCCCCUGCAGGAGCAGCUGCCCGUCACGCAGAUCAAAGCCGAGCCGCCGGAGUACGAGUACAAGCCCGUGGUCCUGGCCCCGCCCCCGAACGGCGUGUUCCACGGAGGCCCCUCCCUGCAGCCGGCCCCGGCCCCGGCCCUGGUGCAGGCUUUGGUCCUGCCCACCGUCGGGCUGGUCUCACCCAUCAGCAUCAACCUGGGCGACCUGCAGAGCGUGCUCAAGGUGGCGGUGGACGGCAACGUGCUCCGGCAGGUGCUGGAGAGCGCGCACCUCAACGCGUCCAAGGAGACGGGGGGCGGGGCCACGGCCACGCACUCAGUCAUCUCCGCCAUCAGUCUUCCCAUCGUGGACCAGGACGGCACCACCAAGAUCAUCAUCAACUACAGCCUGGAGCCCAGCCCAGUGCAAGCCGCCCAGCCCGCCACCAAAAAGCAGGCCCCGCCCCCUCCCAAAGCCCCAGUGGACUGCAAGGUGGACACACCCCCUGUGGAAGCCCCCGCCCCAAAGGAGGCGGAGUCGAACAAAGAGGCGGAGCUGGGCAGCGGGGAGGCGGGGUCAGGCAGCGGGGAGGCGGGGCCUGGCAGCGGGGAGGCGGGGUCAGGCAGCUGGAAGGCGGGGUCAGGCAGUGGGGAGGCGGGGUCAGGCAGCGGGGAGGCGGGGCCUGGCAGCGGGGAGGCGGAGCCUGGCAGCGGGGAGGCUGGGUCAGGCAGCGGGGAGGCGGGGUCAGGCAGUGGGGAGGGGAUGGAGUCGGUGAGCGUGGAGAGGCGGGAAGGCGAGCAGACGUGUCUCCUGUGUGACGACUGUCCCGGGGGCCUGGACGCCCUCCACAAGCUCAAACACUCGAACCCCAAACCAGGGGCCCCCGCGACCGCCAACGGGGAGGGCCCCGAGGGCGAGGGGGCCCCCGACAUCGCCGCCCUGCUGUCAGACGGCCCGGCGGGCCAGCCGGCGCUGAAGAGCCUGCUCUCGCUGCUGAAGGCCUACUUCGCCCUGAACGCCCAGCCCACGGCCCACGAGCUGGCCACCAUCUCCCACUCCGUCAGCCUGCCGCCCGACGUGGUCAGCAAGUGGUUCCUCAAGAUGCGCUCGGGGCAGAGUGCCGGGGGGGGCCAGGUCACUGUGGGGGGGCUGCCCCGCGCAUCCCCGCCCCCGUCCGGUGACGAAGCCCCUCCCCCAUCAGAGGGGGGCGGAGCCGGGUCAGAACCCCCCCGGGCAGAACCCGUGAGCCCGCUCCCCGCAACCGCCUCGCCCUCAGGGGACGCGCCGCCCGCGGACACUGCCCCGGCCCAGAGCGACUCCCAGGGCGACCCGCCCACCUCCCCCUCCCCUGCCCCCUCCCCGCUCAACCUGUCCGCCACCGGCCUUGUCAUCGUGAAGUCUGAGGAAGAGGAGGGGGAGGAAGGGCAGGCGGAGCCGCUGGACCUGUCGCUGCCCAAGCCGGUGCAGGGCGAGGGGUCGGCCGUGGCCCCGUGCAGCGCGUACUCCGAGCAGGAGGAGCCCCUCAACCUCACCUGCGCCAAGAAAGAGCCCCCGCCCGCCCCGCUGCCCGGCAACACCAUCUACGUCACCCCAAGUGCCAACCCCGUCAGCAUCGUCACCACCCAGAUCCCCACCCUCGUGGCCAUCACCGAGCAGGGCCUGUCCUGCCUGCGCGCGGUCACCGCCAACAAACAGACCAUCCUGAUCCCCCAGCUCACCUACACCUACACCACCACUGCCCCUGCAGCCAGCAGCCCCAGAGACCCGCCACUGCCAGCCAGCGUCCUCCAGGACGAGAGGCUGGACACCAGCUCAGAGGGGCUGGAGGAGCAGAACGACUCGGACUCGACCCCCCCCAGGAAGAAGAUGAGGAAGACGGAGAGCGGGAUGUACGCCUGUGACCUCUGCGACAAGAUCUUCCAGAAGAGCAGCUCCCUGCUGCGCCACAAGUACGAGCACACAGGUAAACGGCCUCACGAGUGUGGGAUCUGCAGCAAGGCCUUCAAACACAAGCACCACCUGAUCGAGCACACGCGGCUGCACUCCGGGGAGAAGCCCUACCAGUGCGACAAGUGCGGCAAGCGCUUCUCCCACUCCGGCUCCUACUCCCAGCACAUGAACCAUCGCUACUCCUACUGCAAGAAGGAGGCGCAGGGGCGGCAGGAGGGGGAGGGAGGGCCGGGGGCCCCGGGAGGCGCAGACACGCCCCCCCUCGCCCCCGACCAGGAGGAGGGCGACGCCCCCCCCUCCCAGCUGGACUCAGACGAGCGAGACGAGGAAGAGAGCGAGGAAGAGGAGGAUGAGGAGGACGGAGUGAGCGAGGGAGAGAUCCAGGUAGUGCGGGUCGGGGAAGGGGAGGACGACAGCGAUGAGGAAGGGGAGGAGCUAGAACAGGAAGAGGAGGAGCUAGAGCAGGAAGAGGAGCUAGAGCAGGAAGGGGAGGUGCUAGAGCAGGAAGGGGAGGGGUUAGAACAGGAAGGGGACAAUGAGGGGCUAAAAGAGGAAGGGGAGGGGCUAAAAGAGGAAGAGGAGGAGCUAGAACAGGAGGAGGAGGAGCUAGAACAUGAGGAAGGGGAGGAGCUAGAACAUGAGGAAGGGGAGGGGCUAGAGCAGGAGGACGAAGGGGAGGGGCUAGAGCAGGAAGAGGAGGCGCUAGAACAGGAAGAGGAGGGGCUAGAUCAGGAUGGGGAGGAGCUAGAGCAGGAAGGGGACAUGGGGGAGCUAAAAGAGGAAGGGGAGGGGCUAAAAGAGGAAGCAGAAACAAGAGGAGAAGAGGAGUGUCAAGGCGAGGAGGUGCAGGAGGAGGUCGAGGAGGUACAGGGAGGUCCGGUGGAAGAGGAGGCCGUAGAGACUGAGGUCGCCAUGGACAAGGAGACGGAGGGAGGCGCGGACAUCAGGAGCAAGCAGCAGGGAGGCGCGACGGAGGAGGAAUGA